AAAAGCAGCCUUGUCGUGAUCACGGACCCGAUUCGCCUCUCCCUCGAAUCUUCGGACAAAGAGUGAACCGCUUUCUACUGUUACCGAUGGGAAAGCAUCGACCAAGUCUUCAGUUCGCCUGCAUCUUCUUGUCCGUCUCCUUCUCGCGUUCUCUCCUUCGACAUGAGCAACCUCCCGGCUAGGGCAAACGAGAGCCCAUUCUACGACGUGCCCGCUGACCAUCGGAUUACCUCUUACCCGACCGAGACCAAGAUCAUUUCUACCCUUGCUUUGUUGCUUCUGGGGUACUAUGCCCUGUCCUUCUUCGACGCCUGGCCUUCGACGAUCAAAAGAGCAGUCUACGAAUUCGUCGUCUACAUAAUCCCUUCUCACCUAAUCUACGCCAUGCAGUACGGUAUGAUCCGCCUGGGCCGUCUGAGCCCGGAGGAAGCAAAGUUCAAGAGAGCAAACUUUGGAGAUAUGGUUGCAAAACAGGAGGCUGUCAGGAUCAUACUGGGACAACCACAGCUGCCCCUUGCACUUCGAAAGGUGAGGAGUUUGUCCGGCUCAUACAUGGCCUUGGGCCACGAGACUGGUCCUCCUGGCUUGGGAAACUGGGACAACUCCUGCUACCAAAACAGCGUGUUGCAAGGUCUGGCUUCUUUGCCGGCUUUCAUCGAAUAUUUAGAGCAGAGCUUGGAAUGUUGUGACAGAUACGACGCUCCUGCAGCCACACACCGAGCUCUGGUGACCUUGCUGGAACAACUAUCUGAUCCAAACUCUCGGACAAGCGUCCUUUGGACUCCCAGAAUCCUCAAGUCCAUGGACAGCUGGCAACAGCAGGAUGCCCAGGAAUAUUUCUCUCGUGUUCUCGACGCGGUCGAAAAGGAGGCCAAACAAUACGUCGACAAAAUGAAACGUUCUACAGUUGCAGGGCUAGAGUGCCUCAGGGCAUUUGAGAAGAAAGGCUCUGGAAAGGACGUGCACAGGGAAGAGCAGGACUCCGGAGGUUUAUGGACGAGGGGGAUUGGUGGUUCGCCAGCAGCAGCAAGUUUGAGGGAAUGCGGACUGCGGAAUCCCGUUGACGGCAUGACCGCCCAAUGUCUUGAAUGCAGAGUCUGUGGCUUCACCGAGGGACUGUCCUUGACACAAUUCAACUGCUUGACCUUGAACCUGGGAUUGCAAGGGGCUUGUGAUGUUGCGAAGCUGCUCGAUGAAUACACAGCACCAGAAGAAGUUGAAGGGGUCGAAUGUGAGAAUUGUACAAAGUUGGCACACGGUAAGACGCAAUCCACAAAAAGCGAUGACAAGAGCUCAGAGCCAUCCGACGUUGAGCCAAAUGAAAAGCAAAAACCAGUCCUGCGGACCAAGGCCAAGCAGAUCACCGUCGGACGGCUGCCCAAAGAUUUGGUUCUUCACAUCAACCGAAGCAUUUUUGAUAAUUGCGGAAACCAGCUCAAAAACACAGCUCAAGUCCGAGCCCCCACCAGAUUGGAUUUCUUGAGCCGAUGGUGUGCGCCCCUGGACAAGAACGAUGACUCGGUCGAAGUCGUGUACGAGCUAAAAUGUGUCGUGACGCAUUACGGCAGCCACCACGAUGGCCAUUAUAUCGCCUUGGGGAAGCGGGAUAAAGAUUGGUAUUCGUUCAACGACGAGCGGGUGACAAGGAUCUCAGAGGAGGAAGUCCUCUCUCGGGGGAACGGAUUUAUGCUGUUCUACGAAGCUGUUGGCUCGCCACCACCUCCUUGGCCAGAAGUGGAAAUGCCAAAGGAGCCCGCUGCAGCCAGUGCAAGGCUGGAGGAGGUUAUACGCCAGAUGAAGGAUCACCCAGAUCGGGAGCAGAUGGUUGAAAUCGAGGAGCUGUCCAACAGACUGUUUGAUGACGACGAAAUGGCCGAGUCGGUCUCCGACCUUACUCCAUCCAGCGAUGUGUCUCUGGAUUCCAACUCUGCUUCUUCCAAGAGCAGCUCGCCCGUCAAGUCGUCGGCAGAAGAGUUUGAGCCGCAGAACGCGGCGAUGAAGGUCCCGAUCAUCGACCUAAAGACAGCGACCGACAUGUCCAGCCCCGUUGCCCAAGGUCCGUCUUCGGGAGAAACCAUGCCUCCUGUGCCUGUCCUCUGAGAAUAGGGCGGGCAUCGUUCUGCGGAAACGAAUGUUACGAAUUGACGAACAGAACCCCAAAAUAUGAUACCCAAAGAAGCAAUGAUUCAACUAACAGAUGUAUUCGUGUCUAUUAAUGGUGCUGGGACAUGAUAGCAGCAGCAAUUUAUACAUAGCAGUAUCCCUAUCAAUCAUACAGCGAUCUUAUUCCAG